AUGCCUCCUCAUUGUCGCCAUUCCAUGUUUCCAGAGCUGCCACCCGCUUUGGGCAUUCCGCUCCUCAGUAGGGAGGGCAUUACUCAAGCUGCAGUGAUGGCUUUAGGGGAGGAGAGUGCAAUAGCUAAAGCAGUGAAAGGACUGUUCGGAUUGGUGAGAGGGGAGCUGGCAGCUGUGAAGGGGGAACUGGUGGCAGUUAGGGAGGAGGUGGCACAACAAAAUGAGCGAGUGUUGAUGCUGGAGGAGAGGAAUCAGGUUCUGGAGAAUGAGGUGGAUGUGUUGAGGCGUGCACUGGGUGUUGUGGCCGAGAGGAGUGAGUUGGCAGCAAUGAAGGGGGGGUUGGCAGUAGCGAAAGGAGAGUUGGGUGAGCACAAGCAGUCAAAGACAUUGCAGCUGCAGGAGGCUGAGAGGAGACGAGUGGCGGAGAUGAGGGAGAUGAGAGGGCAGGUGGAGGAGAGGGAGAGGGAGGUGAGUGUAGUGAAGAUGAAGCUGAGUGAAUACACAGACGUUAUUGCAGAGCAGUUGCAUGUGGCUGAGAGAAGAAGGGAAAAGGAUUUGAGAGAGCUGAGGGAGGAGUUUAGGAAGGGAGAGGAUGAAAUGAGGGCAGAUUUGUCAAGGGAGAGGGAGGAGAGGAGGGAGGUGCAGGAGUUGAAUUGGCCACGUGUCAUGGAGGACUUGGCAGCCUGCAAGGCUUGGGUGAAUGUUGAGCUCGAAAUUAUCCAGAGUAAAGGCCCUCAGAAGAUUGCAUGGGAGGUGAGUGCUGCUGUGACUGUUAUUAAUGCAUGA